CGAAAGAAGGCUUGAAAGACCUUGUUACAUCAUUAGAAAGAAAGAGUGGCAAAUUUAAAGAUGAAGAUUUAUCUAAAGAUGAGCCACUUGAAUCCAAAACAUUACCUGAAGUUAUGGAUGUAACUGUGCCUAAAAAAGAAAAUGAAGAUUUAAAAGCCUGUAUAUCUGAAACAAAACCAUGCACAAUUAUAAUCAAAACAGAAAAGAAAGACUGCCUUCAAAUCAUUCUUCAAAUGCCAUUAAACUGAGUGAUAAUUCAUCCCACUUAGAUACUCCUGUAAAAAACUGUGUUUCUGAAAUUGUUCCAAACAAAAGUGAAACAGAUAUGGAAGUUGAUAUGCAAGAAGUCUCUACUAAAACUGAUCUGAAACCAGUAGAGAAAAUUAGCAACUUGUCUAAUUCAGAUAAUUGCAUUAAAUCUGAACACUCAACAGAUAAAAAAAAUGAACCUAUUCCUAUGGAAAUUGACAGUGAACCAAAAACUGAUACUGAAACAAAUAGUUCUGAAAGUGUAGUUAAGGAUGAUAGUAAGUUGUUAAGUUCUACACUGGUAACUCAUGAAAAAAUCCAAGCAGAAUCAAAUAAAAGUUUGUGUAAUAAUACUGUUACUCCAGCUGAAAGUUUAGACCAAGAAAGCAAAUUCAAAGUUGGGAAAAUAAAAUUGUAUGAGAAAUGGAGCAAUGAAAAAAAGAAACUAGCUGCUGCUCAAUCUGAAUGUAGUUUAGUUUCCAGUGAUUCAUUACCAAGUAAUAAAGAACAUGUAGAUCCAGAACGUUCUGUUGCUGUGAAUCCUGAAGUUGAUGUUUUGUGCAAUGUUUCAGAAAAGUCUAAUCUUUUAAAACACAAUGAUGGAUUUCCUUCAAAUAUUGACCAAAGUAGUUGCAAUGACGAAGUACCAAUGGACUUGAGCAUAACUUGUCGGACUUCUGAUGGAAUCAAACAAAAUGCAUCAGUGACUAAUAAUCAUUCUAUUACUGUGCCCCUUCCUAUUGAUAGUAAAAAUUCAUUAUUUUCUGAUUCCAAAAGAAGUGAUUCUCGGAGAAAUAUUCAUUCAGAAAGUGCUAUAGAAAAUCCUCUCUCUGACAAAUGUUCUAAUGUAGAAAACUCUAGUAUGAACAUUAAUCCUCAAGUACCACGGCCAUUUAAAAAGAAACAUUUAUCUAUGGUGAAAGAUGAUUCUAUUAAAGGAAAUUAUGAACAUGCUCGUAAGUCAGUGAUAUUUGAAGUUAAAAACAGUAAAUUAUUAAACCAAUAUGUAGACAUACCUUACAAUCAUGAUGACAGACCAUCACAAGUUUCAGGCUUUUCCCAUUUGCAAGCCUUACAGAACAUGUGUGAUAAUAACCCCAUGGCUGGUCUUCAGAAUAGUGUUAUUCAAUCUAUAACUCAUGAUAAAAAAUCAAAACUGGAUUCUAAUUCUUGUAAAAAGAUAAAUGCCAACGAAAAGCCUUCAUUUAGUGGUACAUGUUUUGAUAAUUUAAGUAAGUAUAAUUUUAGUGGUGCACAAGUGUCCACUGACAUCAAAAGUGCUGCUGAAUGUGAAGUAACAGAUACGUUAUUAAAAUCUAACGUAAACUGUAGUCCUGUAAGUUCUCAAAAGGAUAAGCAUGAAAUGAGUGUUCCUGAACUAAACUGUGAAAGCAUCUGUACAAAAUCUGAGAUAACAAAUCAGAAUUGUGAAACAGAUACUAAAAAUAAAAUAGAUAUGCUUAAACAAAAAGAACAGAAUUCUGUGAAAAAGGACAUUAAAAGCAAUUCUCAGUGUUCUGAAAAUGUUUCUAAAGUACCAGUAGAAGCUGUUGAUUCAACAGAAUAUGCGAAGAAGUCAUCUGAAGAAUCAAUUAAAAUGAAGAAAAUCCAGCCUACAGUGUUAGAUGCUGAUGAUAGUACUCAUUCUGUUGUGCAAAAUGAUAAAUCUUGUAGUAAUGCCGAGGUAAGGUCUGAUGGUAAAGAAAAGGAAUUGAUGGGAUCUUUUGAUAAAAAUGCUAAUCAAGUUGAGGUAUCUGCAUCAAAAAUUACUGAAUGUUGUACUUUAAAGGUAGAAUCAUCUGAAAAUACUGAAAAUUCUGUUGGUGGUAACAAUAAGCAAGAAGACAAAAAAUAUCUAGUGACUGGUAGAGAGGAAGGGCAAGAGAUAAAACCUGUUGACAGUAGUGAACAGACUUCUAAAAAAAUUAAACUAACUGAUGAAGAACCAGAAGAGCCUUUAAAAUCUUCUGACAUUGGGGAGCAGUCUGCCAGGAAAAUAACUGAUAAGCAGCUAACAUCAUCAGAGGAAGUUCUUGAGAACAAGAACCUUUCUGUUCCGAAAGAUGAAAUAAAAAUGUGUGUGAUUAGUCCUGAUAAUGAUAUUGUUAGAAACGAUUCUGACAUUAAAAAAUCUUCAGAUGAGUUAGAUAAAAGUCUUAAAGCAGAUAAAUGUGCUUCAACAAAAUCUCAAGAAAACAUUGAUUCAUCUGUUUCAUCGUCUAGCACUGCUUCUUUUGAAACUGGAAUUAAAUCUGUAGAAGAUAAUUCUAAGUGUUCUGAGAUGGAUUCGUAUUGUCCAGAAAGUGAGGUUUCUAACUCUAAUCCUAUUUGCCAGAAUACUGUGAAAAACGGUAUCUCAGAGUCUCAUAAUUUAAAUAAUUCAGAUAGGGAAAGUGAAAAAUGUGCUGAAGAAGUUUCACUGAAAAAUGAAAAAUCUUCCACUUCAAUAAAUUCUGAAUCAGAAACGGCAGCUAUAUCUCUGAAUAAUAUAUGUGAGGAGAAAAAAGAAGUAUGUAAAGAGAGUAAAGUUUCUGACUUAAAUUGUUUUUCAGUGGAAAAACAUGAGUCUGCUGCUGUAAUAAGUGAGCACAUUUCUGUUCUUCCAGAACAAAAUUCAGCUUCAUCAAGCAGAGAUACAUCUGAUAUUUCUGAAAGUAAUGGUCUUCUAAAUGUUACUAAGGAAAAAUUAUCAGCAAAAGCAGCUGAUGAAGCCUGUAAAAGUAAAUGUGAUAAUGCUGAUGCAGAAAAAAUAAAUCUUUGGCAAAGAAUAAUGAUCUAUUGGCAGAUUCUAACUCGGACAUCCCAGGCGAAAGAAGGAAUAAGUGUGAGGUUGUAAUCAAUAAUUCUGAAUCGCAUAUUCAAAAAGAUAAAGAUUAUAAAGCAAACAAAGAAACUGAUGUGCCCUUUAAAAAUAACUAUAUCAAACCAGCAGUUGUUGAAGACAUUGACAGUUCUAAAAAGGACUCUCCAAACUGUGCAGAAAAUAAAAUUGAAAAAGAAUUGGAAAGUAAAAUAAGUGAUGGGAAUGCAGAUUGCAUUGUAUCUGAUGGUCAGUUAAGUAAAAAGUGUGAAUUACCAAACACUGGUGAACAAAUUUCUGCACAUGAAAAUGAAAUUCAUUUUGCUUCAAAGAAUGAUUCACGUCAAGCUGAUAUUAAAGAAAGUUUGACAAGUGAUACAUGUUCUGGUAUAAAAGAAAUUAAUAUAAACUCAAAUCUCGAUAGUGGAUCAAAAAAUCUGGAAAUUGUUUCUGAUCUAACAGAUGCUGUGGAAAACAAAGCUCUAAACUCAGAUCAUGCUACAUUGAUUUCUGAACUGCAUAAUGAAAACGAAAAAAGCACAAGUAAUAUUCAGGAUGAGGUAAAAGAAAACAGUGCACCUGUAAAUUGUGACGGAGAUAAAGAUCAAACGAAUAUAAAAAAUAAUGAAGUUGGGGAAAAUAAGUCUAUAUUGCUUGAAGCUGAUAAUAAAAUGAAUGGAGAGGAAAAUGAUUCUCCAGAGUCAGGUGUAAGAUGUUUAUCUACUUCUGCUUGUAAAGAAAAACUUCCUGAUACUGAAGAAACCUCAGUGGUAAAAGAAGAUGAA